CGUCAUUCUCCCAGCUCCCGGCCAUGCCUGGGCACCAACACCAUACAGGACAGCAGACGGUCUGUCCAAUAACUUGAGCCAGCGGGUCGUGGAGGAGCUCGAUACGCAUGGAUACGCAACAGCUCACUUCUGUGCUGUGACACCCUUAGGCACGAUCGACCAUCCAGCUGGCAGCAUCUGGCGCUCACUGCGUUUUACUUUUGGCUCUACGCUGCACGCUGCACGCUGCCCACGCGACUUUUAGCUGCGCGUAAUCUGUCGCGCCGCAGCUGUGCAUCUGUACAUAAACAGACUGUCACGUGCUCGGUGAAGGUAGAUCUGGAUGUUGCAUUGUUAGCUCCCAGACCCUUGUACGAGCUUGUUCGCACCAAAGAACGCGCUUCGCAAUCAUGGACGACAUCUUGCAGGCGCAGUUUGACCGAGUGGAGCAAGCGCUGGGCACUCUGGUUGAUUCCAUUGCGUCCUACAAUCCUAAUCCUCAGGCAGCAGUUGACCUUGUUACCGCCGACGACGAGCUUAGCCAUGGUCUUGAUCAACUCGCCAGACACCAAGCAAACCAUGCGCGCAUCCAGAUACUUCGCGCCGAAGCUGAUGCGCUAGAAGAGCAGCUCAAGUCCUCUGUAUCAGCUUUAGCAGGCUUGCGCAAAGAACUGUCUGAAACACCAGCGACUGUGUUCCCCGAAGACUCACGCCCGGUGCCGUUCGAUGAGCUGCUCCAGUACGCGAAGAACAUUUCCAGGUACACCGUCCCGCCUACCUUCCGCGAGCGCGUGUCAGAUGCAGACGGCGACACGAACAAAGACAAGGAAGCAGCCGAAGGCUCGGCCAGCGCAUCCGCUACGAAUGGUCUAAAUACACCCACAACCGCCGUUGCCCCAGUCGAACCACCCAAAGACAACGCAGAAGCACUAAAGGAAGGCGAGGAGGCAGACGCUGCAGCACCAGAAAUAACCGCUGAGGAGGAGGAAUGGCUAAGGAAGCUCAAAGACAGCGGCUUCGCAUGGUUCCCCUGGCCAGACAAUGACAAGAUCCGUCGUGGCAACCUCUGGAAACUUUACCACUACCGCGAACAGGGUCGCAACCUUGAUGAAUUCGACAUCGAGGCGUACGAGGAAGAGGAGAAGAAGAAAUUCUCAGACAACGUGCAGCCUCAACAGGCGUCUGAGGAAAUGCAGGCGGAACCGCAGUUCCAGGAACAGAGGGCUCAGCAGGCGCCGCCAGCACAAGCUGCGCCUGCAGCUCCGGUCGGGGCUGGGUUCACGCUGUUCGAUGACAUGGAGUCAGACGAAGAUUGACGAUUGGGAGUCAGAGGCAAAAGACAAGGGUCAUGUCAGGAUCAGUGAUAUGUCCUUGGAGGGCGCGAUUUACUUCUGCAAAGGACGGAUGUACUCAGCAUCAGAGAGCAACCGAUCUCGGAGGCCUUCAGUGAUGGUACAGAUGUUGGGGAAGACAGAAGACAAGGCGGAGCUGGGCUACGACAAUGUGUAACAAGGGGAGGAAAGGCGCAGGAACAAGGCUGGAUGCUUUCAUGGUGGUGGGACGUUGUGAUUGCUGAAGGUGAGAGAAGCUUUACACACUAUCAUCGGGGUAUCUAAUUGAACCAAUCUGACCACUGCGCCAAAGAA